UUUAGCGUAGUUGCAGCGUUGUAUAUUUUACAACAGUUAUGAUUGCAAUUCCAAUGAACGUGCUUGUAUUUAUCGGUCUGUUAUAUUUUUAGUUUAUUCGAAACUAAUGAAUGAUAGUUUUCGCAAAUUGUAGAUAGUGGGAUUUGGUCCUUAAUCUUGAGAUAAGUAUCAUCUAAAUAUGAAAUAAAAAUUGCACAUAAUCCAGAAGUACUUCAGAUAUUCAUCACGAUGGAGGGUUUAAUUUACGAUGACGAUUCUAAAAUCAUUACCGUUCCUGAAAAACCACCUCAUAUACACGAGAAGGGCCUUGGAGUGAUGGUGUUUGAGACUAUGAAGAUUAAUUCGGAUCAAAUCGCUCAAGUUAAUAUGUUAACUGGGGAAUCCGAAGAUUACGACAGUUUGCUGAAGCGCUGCACGAUUAUGGCCGUGUCGAUGCGAGGGCUGGAUUUGAAGGAAGGCGAUAUGAUUUCGAUUUGCAGCGAGAACACGAUCGACUGCGCCGUGCCCUGGGUUGCGGCUCUCUUUCAGAACGUGAAAAUCUCUAGUUUAGAUCCGAGUUUAUCCGUGGAGGAAUGCGAGCAUCUUCUGGAGAUGGUCGAGUCGAAAGUCGUGUAUGUUUCGCGAGCUUCUACGAAAUUGAUCGAGGAAGUAGUGGAGAAGAUGGAAAAGAAGCCAAAGAUCGUUACAAUUCCGGAGAGAAACGAUGAUAUUUACAAAAAGGAGACGACAUUCGCUUUCGAACCUGUAGCCGUGGAUCUGAAGGAAACAGCAGUGGUUCUCUUCAGCAGCGGAACGACUGGUUUCCCGAAAGGAAUCUGCUGGUCCCAUAAGUUCCUCAUAUACUUCUGCCAACACAGGAUCUUCAACUCUUGCUUGGGAUACGCCACGAUGUAUUGGGCUUCAACAGUCUUCAACAUGGUCUGCUGUCUCUUAACGGGAAGCACCAAAUAUUUCGCUCCGCACGUCUUCAAUCCAAUAGCCAUGUGGAAUUACCUCAAGAUAUACACAAUCGAUUACGUUUUCCUUUCGCCCUAUGAUGCCAUCAACUUCAUCAAAAACAAACCGAACGCAGAUUUCGUGCCGAAAGUGCAAUUUAUGGCUAUCGCAGGUAGCAGUAUAAGUACAGCGUACAUCAAGAAACUCAAAGAGAUUCUACCGAAAACCUUGGUCGUGAACGCCUACGGCCAAACCGAACUCAUGUCCAUUUUCAGUCCGUUCCACAAGUGGAAUAAAACGAAACCAGAUUCCAUCGGCAUUCCCAUCUCUGGAAGAACUUACAAGAUUGUUGAUACGGAAACGGAAAAAGCGCUUGGUUUCAAUGAAGCGGGCGAGAUCAGGGUUAAAACCGAAUGGGUUAUGAACGGUUACUUUAAUUUAGAUUCAUCCAGCUCUUGGGAUUCGGAAGGUUUCCUGAAGACCGGCGAUAUCGGUUACUACGAUAAGGAUUUCUGCUUUUUCUUCGUGGAUAGGAUCAAGGAGAUGUUCAAGUACAAAUCCUGGCACAUCGUUCCUGCCAAGAUCGAGGCAAUCCUCAACAAGCAUCCCUCGAUUCAUCUCUCCGUAGUCAUCGGCGUUCCGCAUCCAGAGGACGACAAUCACACUUUGGCUUUAGUUCAACUGUACGAAGGGGAACAUCUGGAGGAGAAAGACGUUAUCGAGUAUAUAGAGGAUAACAUGGACGAAAGGCAUAAGCUGAACGCGGGCGUUAAAUUCGUCACGAAAUUUCCAUACACACCAACCAGUAAAAUCAACCGAAGGAAACUGAGGGAAACAACUUUAAAAGAUCUUUCUUGCUAUUAAAUACGCCAAAUUUUAAUUAAUUAAUCGCACUAUAUUAGUUUUAAGA